UCGGGCGGCAGAGAGAGUACCCCGCACAGUUCGGUUCCAGUUUCCCUCGUACAGGGUUACAGCGGGCGUCGGGAUCCCUUCGCAGAGGACGAAGGUAGCGUCGAUGGUGAGCGAGGUGCACUCCGCUUUCCAGCACAUCGGUGCCACCAUCCUCUCCGACGGAAGGAAGUCGCGUAGCGGCAAGCCGCUCGUGAACUUCUUGGCCGGGGGUGCAAACGGCGCCCUGCUGUACGCCACCGUCGCACGUGAUGGGUCUGUCCAUGAUACGACGGAUGUCGUGUAUCGCAGGUGGUGGACCAUCAUCUUGUCCUUUCCUGCAAAGGACGUGAUCGGCUUCUGCACGGACUCCGCCAGUAACUAUACGGCGGCGGCCCGCAGAUUCGCCACAGACCCUGACGCGGACAUUAGGAGUAUCACUUGGCUUCCUUGCUCCACCCACGUCUGCAACUUGAUGUUGCCAGAUGUCGGGACGCGAGUGGGGCCGGCGAGACGUGCUAGAGACCAUGCUGCACGACGACGCGUGGGCUCGCAUCCCGUGGGAGCGCAGGCUUCUCGCCCAGGCGCAGUGGAUGCAGCAGCAGAUCCACGUUGGGGAGACGUGUUCGGCAAGAGGGUGACGGAGCUACGACCAUGGCUGGAGUACACUGCAGGGGCUGGCAGCACUCCGGACGUUGAUGCGGACGACGACACGUCCGACGACCAGUGGACGGACGAUGAUGACGCGCCCAUCAGUGGUGACGCGACGGCGGAGCGGGUGUAUUUCACUUACCGUGGAGGACCUGACGGCAUGGCUCCACACACAUCCGUCAUCACUGACGAUGUGCCGUCGGGUGGACAGGCCAGUGCCAUCGGCAGAGUCGGUGAUCGUCGUGGACGACGUCCACGUGGCGACGAGGACGUCGAGGAGCAGGAGCCACUUCGGGGCCUUCGGCAGACCCGCAGACGUUGGGAGGUCAGGAGCGACAGCGAGUCGGAGAGGGAGGACGAAGAGGAGGAGGUGCCCCAUCAGGAUCGUCGGUACUCUCCCGCUCAUCAUCGGACUACGGGACCACCCCAGCCGGAGAGGCGUUCGGCGAGGUUGGCGUCGGCAGCAGAGAGACAGCGGAUGCAUGAUAGCGAGGAUUGUGAGGGGGCGAGGCCUGUGGACAUGCCGGACGUGGAGAGGACUCCAUCCGGCGCCGGUCUCCUCCCCCGCUCGCCGUCGGAGCUCCGUACCAACGACUUUGACAUCGGGGGAUCAGGUGGGGGCUUGAGGGAUUUUAGUGCCCCGAGACAGGGCGGUGCCUCGCCGUUGGAGCUCCGUACCAACGACUUUGAUGUGCGGGACCGUGCGGAGACCGCGGAGGAGCGAGAUGCCCAGCUGGACAAAGAGGAGGAGGACCGACUGCAGACUUUGCCGGGAUGGGAGGCGACAUCAGAGGGAGGGAGUCCGGGGUGGUUGAGGGCGGGUCGGGCCGCCGCAGUGACGGCAGCGGAUCACCGGAUUGAUGCCCCCACCACCCGCACGAGCCGCGGAGGUGGGCGACGAGGAGACGAUGGCCCGUGUGCACAUUGCCACAUUGGUGGUUCCCCGCCGCCUGUCCAAGGUGGUGUCGCUGGCGGAUGGGCAGCUCAUCGACGGGUCACGGACCGGUUGAGGGCGGAUUACGACGCCGGGACGGGCGCCUUCGCAGGACGUUUGUCACCACGGACUCAGGCUGCGGGCAGCAGCGGCGAGGGUGGCUCCGGACGUCCGAGCCUUCACAUAGCAGGCCGUAUGCUCGGUUUGUCACGAUCGGCGACAAGGAGAUCAUUGGUCCUCCCGGCCGCAGAGACAUCUACGGACAUGCAGCAGGGACAACAUUACACAUUGGGCGAGGAGGGGUUGCUGAUGCGUCCUGGGACGAGACGACACGGCGCCAUCACGGAGGUUGAGGCUCAACUCGCAGCAGAGAUCGAUGCGGCCAGGCAGCAUUGGACGCGAUUCAGAGGCAGCGAGAGACGAUUGCUGCAGAGGAGGCCGAGGACGAGGACACUGGCGCAGAGUCCGAGCCGAUCGACAGUGCGCUCCGCAGACACAGAGCGGUCGUGGCCGCGGAAGCCGCAGCAGCACAGGCGGCAUACAUCAGCGGUGCACAGGGCACAGGUGCUGGGGGCAGUGGAGGGGGCCCGAGAGGAGCGCAGAGACGACAGUCCACCGGGAGAGGCCUCGCGUGUCGUUCUGCAGGGCGGGGCACGGACCGCUCAUCUGGAGGAAGAGGGCGAUGUUAUGCCAGGUCCACAGUGACGGAUUGUACGAUCGCAUUACUUUUUUGUUAGCUACUCUGUGUUACGGUUCAGAUGACAAGUCCGGUUUUUGGCUUCAGACAUGUGCAUACGCAUUUCCAGUGGAGUUCUUUUUCACUGCUUUGUUUUUCUCCAUGUUCCUCUUCUAUCCUCGCUUUUGCAUGUGAGUCGCUGUUGUUUGGUGAGUGAUUUCUGGUUUGUUGUCGUAAAUGUCCCCGAUGCAGCGGGUAUUGUUGUCGCAAUGUUGCAAAUCGUGUCUUUGUUUGAUGCCACACACAUGCAUGUCAUGGUUGCCCCCAUUGUGAUGUGUUGUGAAUUUCGUAUGCCAAAUACGGAUGAUAUGCUAAUGAAUGUGUUGUUUCACG